AUGGCAAAGAAAACAAAAUCAAAACAAAAAACCAAAACUAGUACCGAUCAAUCCGAUGAAAAUAAACAUGUUUUAUUACGGGACUUGACUAGCAAUAUGUUGUUGAUCGUCAAUGUUGAAGAUAUUGCGUCAAGCCAAACUAUGAAGAUGGGAGUAGGAAAAGUAGUAUCAUAUGUUGGUAAAGAUCGAUUACAUGGUCGUGGUACGAUACUCCUUAUUGGUACUGACGAACAGUGCAUGGAAUUGCUUCAAGUCUUGGAAAAAAAUAAUGAACCAAAACGAAACGAUAAAAGUGAAUCUACACUUCAUAUAAAUGACGAAGAAGAAGAAUCAGAUUACGACGAUGAAAAUGAAGAAGUGGAAAAUUCAAAAAUCAAUGAAAAACGUGAUAAUAUUUCAACACAAUCUGGUGGAUCUGGUACAUUGACUGCAAAUCCAACUACUGUCAAUGCAUCUACUGCAAAUAUAACUAGUACAAAAGAAAAAGAUUCAAGCAAUACAUCUUCUACGAAUAACAAACGACCUUUGCCACUUGCAAAUAAAAGGACAAAUAUGACCGAUGAAAAUUCACCAUCUGCCAAACGUCGUAAAAGUACCGACGAUGAUGAUAUGUAUUUACGUGGUCGAAUUUUAGCUUUACAAGAAGAAAUUAAAAAACUUAAAAGUAUAAUCCAUGAUAUGGAAACAAACUGGAUGCCACGUCCUGAUCCAGCCACAAUCAAAUAUUUUUCAACUAUCGUAUCAUUAUGUACAGGGGAAGAUAUAGAUUACGAAGAGGAUAAAGGGGAAAAAAUCGCGAAAAUUAUCGACAUUUUGGCUAUGAGCGAAGAAGAACUUGACCAUUGUAAUGACAAAAACAGUAUUCGAAAUACAUGUAGAAAAAUCGUUCGAAUUGUCUUUAAGCAAGAAUUGGAAGACAUUACCUUUCCUUACGGAAGAAUUCUAAAAAAGAAGAAAUAUCAAGCAAGAAUGUCAGCAAUUCGUGACUAUGGUCGAAUAACACAUCCAAUGGAAUCUAUCAAAUUUAAUGAUGGCGAGCUGAACAAUGCUAUGGGUAGUGACUUUUACAAGCGAGAUAGAGAAGUGAAACUUAAAAAUUCUGAAUCGAAAAAUAAUUGUCGAAGUGAUCAAUCAACUAGCGAAGAUAGUGAUGGAUGA